AUGGCCGCCGCCGACAAGGCUGCCGUCGCCUCCGGCGCUGAUCUGGGCGAUGGUCUCAGACAGCGUCCCAUUGCUGGACAAGCCAACCUGCAGCCCCCAACUCCUCAGCCUGAGGACAACAAGAAGCUCAUAAAGAAGGAGCCUUCGUUCCUCGAUACCCUCGAUCGAUGGGAGGUCGUCAUUGCCCCGCUGAUCUUUACACUCCUGGCUCUUUUCACUCGACUAUACAAGAUUGGUAUCAGCAACAUUGUGACAUGGGAUGAGGCUCAUUUCGGCAAGUUCGGUUCAUACUAUAUCAAGCAUGAGUACUACUUCGAUGUCCACCCUCCUCUCGGAAAGAUGCUUGUUGGUCUAUCCGGAGUCCUCGCUGGCUACAACGGAACUUUCGAAUUCAAGUCUGGCGAGAAAUACCCCGAAGAAGUCAACUACACCAUCAUGCGUAUCUUCAACGCCGCUUUUGGUAUUCUCUGCAUUCCUCUGGCCUACUUCACUGCUCGCGAGCUCAGGCUCAAGCGUCCUGCUGUCUGGCUUGUGACUCUCAUGGUCCUUUGCGAGAACUCAUACACCACUAUCAGUCGAUUCAUCCUGCUUGAUUCUAUGCUUCUCUGCGGUACUGUGGCCACUGUGUUCUGCUGGUCCAAGUUCCACAACCAGCGCAACAACAGCUUCGAUCCUGAGUGGUUCUUCUGGCUUUUCAUGACUGGUCUCAGCAUUGGCUGUGUCUGCAGUGUUAAGCUUGUCGGUCUCUUCGUUACUGCUCUUGUUGGUCUCUACACUAUUGAGGACCUCUGGCGAAAGUUUGGCGACACCAAGAUGCCUGUUACAACUCUUGGUGCCCAUGUCGUCACCCGCGUUGUCGGUCUUAUCGUCAUUCCUUUCCUGAUCUACCUCCUGUCUUUCGCCCUUCACUUCGCUAUCCUCGACCGCAGUGGUCCUGGUGACGCUCAGAUGAGCUCCCUUUUCCAAGCCAAUCUCAAGGGUACUCAGGUAGGAAAGGACAGCCCUCUGGAAAUCGCAAUUGGUUCUCGCGCAACCAUCAAGAACAUGGGUUAUGGUGGUGGUCUUCUCCACUCUCACGUCCAGACCUACCCUGAGGGUUCUAAGCAGCAGCAGGUUACUUGUUACCACCACAAGGACACCAACAACGACUGGUUCUUCUACCCCAACCGUCGAGAGGAGGAUUACAGCCCCGAGGGUGAUCUCCGAUUUAUUGGCGACAACUCUGUUAUCCGACUUAUCCACGCUCAGACCGGCCGCAACCUGCACUCCCACGACAUUGCUGCUCCCAUCACCCGAGGCCACAAGGAGGUUUCCAGCUACGGUAACCUGACUGUUGGUGACGAAAAGGACCACUGGAAGGUUGAGGUCAUCCGCGACACUGCCUCUCGUGACCGCAGCAAGAUCCGCACUCUCACCACCGCCUUCCGUCUCAAGCAUGAAGUUCUUGGAUGCUACCUCCGAGCUGGUAACGUGAACUUGCCUCAGUGGGGUUUCAAGCAGAUCGAGGUUACCUGCACCAAGGAGAACAACCCCCGCGAUACCUACACCCACUGGAAUGUUGAGGCUCACUGGAACGACAAGCUUCCUCCUGCCGAGGCUGGUGUCUACAAGUCUCCUUUCUUCCACGACUUUGUCCACCUGAAUGUCGCCAUGAUGACCUCCAACAACGCUCUGGUUCCGGAUCCCGAUAAGCAGGAUGACCUUGCCUCCAAGUGGUGGCAGUGGCCCUUCCUCCACGUUGGUCUUCGUAUGUGCGGUUGGGGCGACGACAUUGUCAAGUACUUCCUUCUCGGCAACCCUCUCAUCUACUGGGGUUCUACCGCCUCUCUCGGCAUUGCCGGACUCGUCAUUGUUUGGUACAUUCUACGAUGGCAGCGAGGCGUUAACGACCUCUCCGAGAAAGAGAUCGAUCAUAUUCACUACGCAGCCUUGUACCCUCUCGCUGGCUGGUUCCUCCACUACCUUCCUUUUGUUAUCAUGGCUCGUGUCACUUACGUGCACCACUACUACCCUGCUCUUUACUUUGCCAUCCUCAACUUUGGCUUCCUUAUCGAUUGGUUCACACGCAACCGCAACAACACCAUCAAGUCCAUCGUUUACGGCGUCCUGUACACCGUUAUCAUUGGCCUUUACAUCUACUUCAUCCCUAUUUGCUGGGGUAUGACUGGUCCCCACAAGGAGUACAAGUACAUGAAGUGGUUCGACAACUGGCGAGUCACCGACUAA